GAAUGGUAUUCGGGUACAAAAUUUAGACUUGUCGGGUCCAAUUUUUAAAUCCCUAGCCAAACUGAGAUCCGGUACACGCGUCGGUUCCCGGGUCAUGGUGCAAGGCCACACGUAGACCGACUGAUCGUAAGAGAGAGAGAGAGAGAUUGUUUGCUACUGGGAGGAAGGGAGAGAGAGCCCGAUGAUGGGAGGCCAUGGCACUCAUCCCUUUCUCUCUCCCACGCCUUCUGAGACCCACAUUUUCUCUCUCUAUUCUCUCCUUCUCCACCCACCUCCCUCCACAACUCCCCCUCUUCAACAAACCAGAGGAGAAGAAGAACACCAUUGCUCUCCUAAACCAACCACCCAACUGGUCAAAAACUAUUCAAGCUCUCUUCGAUGCAGGAGACAUCGAUCAAGCUCUCCAUCUCCUCGACCAAUUCCGCCUCAAUGGAUUUCGUCCCACUUCCCCCAUUCUUUUCUCUCUCAUUGACUCUCUCUGCAACUCUCAUCGCUUCCGCGAAGCCCACCAUCGCCUCCUCUUUGCUCUCCACUCCAACUGGUUACCUGAUGAGAGAGCAUGCAACUCUCUUCUGGUUCGGCUUUGCGAAGCUUCAUCGCCCUUUGACACUCGAAAGAUCAUGACCCAAAUGGUCAUUUCUAAGCCUGGAUUUGUCCCCUCUCUCUCUAACUAUAACAGGCUUAUGAGCCUCUUUUGUGACCAUCGCAUGCCCCAUGAGGCUAGAGAGCUGUUCAUGGAGUUGGAGAGACAUGGCCAUUGUCCUAACACUGUUUCUUAUACGGCCUUGAUCAAUGGAUUCUGCAAAAUUGGGGAGAUGGAUGUUGCUUAUAAGCUGUUUGAUGAAAUGAAGGAGAGAGAAAUUCGGCCCAACUCUCUCACUUACAGUGUUCUUCUAAGUGGGGUGCUUCAGAAGGGCAAACUUGAUGAGAUAGGAAGGGAGCUUAUGGGUAGGCUAUGGAAACAAAUGGCCAUUGAUGUAGAGAGAGAUCCUUCCAUUAACACAGCAGCAUUUGCUAAUUUGGUGGAAGCUCUAUGCAGGGAAGGUUUCUUCAGUGAAGUUUAUAACAUUGCAGAGGAAAUGCCUCACGGCAAGCAUGUCAAUGCAGACUUUUCAUAUACUCAGAUGAUUGAUUCCCUCUCUAGAGCCGAUCAAAACCAUGGGGCCUCAAGAAUAACCUAUAUUAUGAAGAAGAGAGGGCUCCUUCCCAGUUUCGUUUCUUAUAACUCCAUUGUUCAUGGCUUGAGUAAGCAGGGAAGCAUUAUGCGAGCUUAUCAGUUAUUUGAAGAAGGAAUCGAAUUCGAUUACACGCCAAUUGAGCCUACUUACAAGGUUUUGGUGGAAGGUUUAUGUAAAGUAAAGGACGUAGCAAAAGCUAGAAGCGUGGUAGAUGUCAUGUUGAAGAAGAGCAAUUUGGAGGAAUCCAGAGUUUAUAAUAUUUUCCUUAGAGCUUUGUGCUCCAUCAAUAACCCAAGUGAACUCCUCAAUGUACUGGUUUCAAUGCUCCAAAGUGGAUGCAAGCCGGAUGUGGUUACUCUGAACACUGUGGUUCAUGGGUUUUGCGAGGCAGGAAGGGUUGAUGAGGCCAUGAAAGUCUUGGAUGAUAUGGUUAAGGGGAAUGUAUGUGUUCCUGAUGUUGUGACUUUUACUACUGUGAUAUGUGGGUUGUCUGAUAUGGGGAGAACAGAUGAAGCUCUUGAGCUUCUGCAAAAUAUGCCAAAGAGAGGUUUUGAACCAACCACUGUAACAUACAAUGCAAUCUUUCGUGGCUUAUGCAAAUUCUCAAAGAUAGAUGAAGCAAUGCAGCUUUUUGCUAAGAUGAUGAGAGAGAAAGUGCAAGCAGAUGGCACCACCUUCGCCAUACUUAUUGCUGGCUUGUGCAAUAUGGGUCAAAUAGAGGAGGCUAAGAGAUUUUGGGAAGCUGUAGUCUGGCCCUCCAAAGUUAGUGAUGAUUUUGUAUAUGCGGCUAUUCUCAAAGGAAUGUGCAAAGUAGGUAAAUUUAGCGAAGCCAUUAAUUUCCUAUAUGAGCUGGUGGACAGUGGAGUUUCCCCUAAAUUGGUGGCUUACAACAUCCUUAUUAAUAGCGCCUGCAAUUUGGGGUUGAAGAGAGAGGCCUAUCGAUUGAUUUCGGAGAUGAGAAAGAAUGGUCUUGAGCCUGAUGCUGUAACAUGGAGAACACUCGACAAAUUGCAUGGAAGGCUGAGAAGAAAUAACAGCAGUUCUUUUGUUGAUAAUGGGUUCUCCCGAAAAGAAACGGAUUCGGAGCUGCAGUUAGAGAAAGCUAGAGUGCAUUCUCUCACUGAAGACAAGGAACAGAGUUGUGAUGAAGGUAGUUCAAGCGAUUCAGCGGAGGAGAUCCCUGAUCCAUUACUUAGUGCAGUGGUUGAAAAAGAUAUUGGAGAGGAUUUAGAGAUAGAGGAGGAAGCAUGUGAAGAAACAGGUGUGCAGAUUGAGGAACACACACAGCAAUCACCACUUGAAGAGCACAAGUAUUUGAAUGAAGAUGCUAACAUAGAGUCACUGGAAGGCAUAUAUGAGCUUUGGAUUAAAAGAUGAAUUGUGGAUGACAUGUCUGAGAAAAAGUGGAAGCAAUGGUCCUUUCGAGCCGAUAAGGAAGAAUACUCUUCUCCUAAGGGUAUUCAUUGCAGUUAGUUGAGAAAGCAAGAAUACUCGAUACAUUCUCAAUCAUUCAUAGUGGGAUUUAUUUCUCUAUGAUUCUUAGCCAACGCACUAUCAGUCCUAGGUACAAGGCAGAUCGGUCUAAGGUUGGUAGUCCCUAUAAGGCUUUUUAGAGAGUGCAACUCUAAAAGUCAGUAUUUCACUCAGACCGGUUUUAUCCUGGGAGUGUAUUUGCUAAGAGUCAGUAUUCGACUCAAACCAGUUUUAUCCCGGGAGUGUAUUUGCUCUGGAUUUGAUUGCAUUGUAUAAAAAUUCUAUGUCAAGGGUGUCUAAUAUUUCAAUGUGAGAGCAUCCCCUGAAUAUGGGUCCGAUGAAGCACAA